CCCUCCCCCUGAGUGCCGCCCGCUGGGCCAAGUUUGUCGAGCGUCGCCGCGCACGCCGGCCAGUCAAUCAGCGGCAGAGCUGAAGAGGGCACAGCCGUGCGGCCGAGGGCAGAGCGAGCCGAGCCGAGCCGAGCUAGCAGGGCGGACCAGCGCCGGGCAGCCCGAGCCGCGCGCCGCGAGCGCCCGCCGCCGCCCCUCACGCCCUCCUCGGCCCCCGCGGCGCCUGCCACCUUCCCCUCCUUCCCCGCGCCCCUGUCCCGCCUCCGGCCAGCCCGCCCCGAUCGCUGCCCCCGCGGAGCCGGGAGGUCACCGGCCCGCGCCUCCGCUCCCCUGGGCCGCGCACCGCCUCCACGCCCUCCUCCUCCUCCCCGGGCUGGGCGCCUGGCACCGGGGACCGUUGCCUGACGCGCGAGGCCCAGCUCCACUUUUCGCCCCGCGUCUCCUCCUCCUGCUCUCCUCCUCCUCCUCCAACUCCCCUCGCCCUCAGACUCCGCUCGCGAGCCCCCGACUCCGCGCCCGCCCGCCACUUUCCGUCCCGCCCCGAAGGUGGGAGCGCGUCCGCCCCGGCCGGCACCAUGGCACGGUUCGUCUUGCCCGCGCUGCUCUGCACCCUGGCCGCGCUCAGCGCCGCGCUGCUGGCUGCCGAGCUCAAGUCGAAAAGUUGCUCGGAAGUGCGACGUCUCUACGUGUCCAAAGGCUUCGACAAGAACGAUGCCCCCACGCACGAGAUCAACGGUGAUCAUUUGAAGAUUUGUCCCCAGGGUUAUACCUGCUGCUCCCAAGAGAUGGAGGAGAAGUACAGCCUGCAAAGUAAGGAUGAUUUCAAAAGUGUGGUCAGUGAGCAGUGCAAUCAUUUGCAAGCUGUCUUUGCGUCCCGUUACAAGAAGUUUGAUGAAUUCUUCAAAGAACUACUUGAAAAUGCGGAGAAAUCCCUGAAUGACAUGUUUGUGAAGACAUAUGGUCACUUGUACAUGCAAAAUUCCGAGCUAUUUAAAGAUCUCUUCGAAGAGUUGAAGCGCUACUAUGUGGCAGGAAAUGUGAACCUGGAAGAAAUGCUGAAUGACUUCUGGGCCCGCCUCCUGGAGCGGAUGUUCCGCCUAGUGAACUCCCAGUACCACUUCACAGACGACUAUCUGGAGUGCGUGAGCAAGUACACGGAGCAGCUGAAGCCCUUUGGAGAUGUCCCUCGGAAACUGAAGCUCCAGGUCACUCGUGCAUUUGUAGCAGCCCGCACUUUUGCUCAGGGCUUAGCAGUUGCAAGAGAUGUAGUGAGCAAAGUCUCGGUGGUAAAUCCCACAGCCCAGUGUACCCAUGCCCUGUUGAAGAUGAUCUACUGCUCCCACUGCCAAGGUCUCGUGACUGUGAAACCCUGUUACAACUACUGCUCCAACAUCAUGAGAGGUUGUUUGGCCAACCAAGGGGAUCUUGAUUUCGAGUGGAACAAUUUCAUAGAUGCUAUGCUGAUGGUGGCCGAGAGGUUAGAGGGUCCUUUCAACAUUGAAUCGGUCAUGGAUCCCAUCGAUGUGAAGAUUUCGGAUGCUAUUAUGAACAUGCAGGAGAACAGCGUGCAGGUGUCUCAGAAGGUUUUCCAGGGAUGUGGACCCCCUAAGCCUCUCCCAGCUGGUCGGAUUUCCCGUUCCAUCUCUGAAAGUGCCUUCAGUGCCCGCUUCAGACCCUUUCACCCCGAGGAGCGCCCAACCACAGCAGCUGGCACUAGUUUGGACCGACUGGUUACUGAUGUCAAGGAGAAACUGAAGCAGGCCAAGAAGUUCUGGUCCUCUCUUCCUAGUAACGUCUGCAACGAUGAGAGGAUGGCUGCAGGAAACGGCAAUGAGGAUGACUGCUGGAAUGGAAAAGGCAAAAGCAGGUACCUGUUUGCAGUGACAGGAAACGGAUUAGCCAACCAGGGCAAUAAUCCGGAGGUCCAGGUUGACACCAGCAAACCGGACAUACUGAUCCUUCGUCAAAUCAUGGCUCUUCGAGUUAUGACCAGUAAAAUGAAGAAUGCUUAUAAUGGGAAUGAUGUGGACUUCUUUGAUAUCAGUGAUGAGAGCAGUGGAGAAGGAAGUGGAAGCGGAUGUGAGUAUCAGCAGUGCCCUUCGGAGUUUGAGUAUAACGCAACUGACCACUCUGGGAAGAGCGUCAGCGAUAAAGCCAGCAGCGCUGGGGUCCCCGCUGGGGCCCAGCCCUACCUCCUCACUGUCUUCUGCAUCUUGUCCCUGGUUAUGCAGGGAGAAUGGAGAUAAUUCUCAACCUUAGAGAAGAAGUGUUCAUCAUCAAAAAGGCACCGGUUAUCACUUUUAUACCAUCCUAGUGACUUUGCUUUUUAAAUGAAUGGACAACAAUGUACAGUUUUUACUAUGUGGCCACUGGUUUAAAAGAUGCUGACUUUGUUUUUUCAUUCAGUUCUGCGGGAAAAGGGGAUUUGUACGUAAGGUCGGUCCUGAUUCCUCAGAAUCAUGUUAAAUGUGGCUAACAGUGUAGGUACAGAACUGUAGUUAGUUGUGCAUUUGUGAUUUUUAUCACUCUGUUUGUUUGUUUUUUUUUGUUUUUGUUCUGUUUGUUUGUGGGUUUUUUUUUUUCUUCUUCAAUACGGUCUCACCUUGUUUCUUACAAGAAAACCAGGGUCCUUUCUUGGCAUGUAACGUGUACGUAUCUCUGAAAUAUUAAAUAGCUGUACAGAAGCAGGUUUUAUUUAUCAUGUUACCUUAUUAAAAGAAAAAGCCCAACAAGCAGUAAAAUUGCCAUUUAUCCCUGUUGUUUUUAGUUGCCUUAUCUGGAGAGAAGAGGAGGUCAUUUUAAAAAUGUUUAUUAAGUUAGGACAGAAUGUGAAGGCGCAAGGGGGCUUCUGAGUCACUUGUCAGGUUGUAUUCAAACAUCAGUACAAGAAGAAGGUUAUACUUCAUUUAUAGCUGGUGACUGGAAGAGACUGCAGACUACCCAUUUUGGUUGAGUUGGAUUGUAUAAACUAAGAUCACAGGUCCAUUUCUUGAAGCCGCUUAAAGUGUAGUCCAUCUAGAAGAUUCCUGUUGCAUUCUCCCUCGAAAGAUAUAAGGCAUGCAGGAUAUCGUAGUUAUCACCUGUUCACACUUAGUUUGGGGGUGGGUUUGGUUUGGUUUGGUUUUUUUAUCCAGGCAAGUGAGCACGCCCACCGUUUGCUGGUCUUCAUGUCCACACUUGACCCUCCUUGAAUUGAUAUCCCAACAAUCUCAUUUGGUCCUUCUUGUUGCAGAUUUCAACCCCGGUCAUAUAGAGGGAGCUGUCUGGGGGCUAGCCAGAACUGGGGUACAGCCUGGGCUCAGGGAGUAACUAUCAACACUCAAGCAACGUUUUCGUCCGAGCAGGUGUAUUUGUGUUUGUUUUUGGAUCCCAGGGUUGUUUUUUUUUUUAAAAGAGAUUUAAGAUGUCUUAUUUGAGUCUUUUUCUCUCCCAGCCCCGUCUGAUCGGAAAGGCAAGGGUCUUGCCAUGCAUGGUUCACAGCUGUGUGCUACCCUGUGAGCCAAGCAGCCCACUUGGGGAGAUCUGAGUGUCCAGAUUGUUUUUCAUGUGUUGGCAGGAUUUGGCGGGGGGCGGGGAAGGAGUCGGAGUAGGUAGAGCUGAGAAGACCACAUCUUAGUGAUGACCUUUAGCCGCUCGGGUGAACGGGCAAAGGCCAUUCUCUCUUGUCCCAGGCCAAAGAGUAAGUAAGCACUGCCUUGGCCCCUUUGGAGCCCUUUCUCUCCUUGAGUCCUUACCAAAUGACAGCCCAUAAAACUAUGAGAACGUAACAAAACCACGUUAAAAAGAGUUCCCAGAAGUCUUCAGAAAGAAUCACGCUCUGCAAGUCUCUUCCUGCUUUAGACGGCCAUUAAGAUCCCAACCAAUUCCACGGAAGCUGAAACCCACAGAGAGGUUGUUUGUGUUAUUGUUUAAUCUUCAGUUGUAAGAGUAAUUCUCUAUUUUUAUAUUGAAACAUAAUUACUUGAUAGCUCAGGGUCUACAUUUCCUUCAACUUUUUACACCAAAUUCUGUAGAAUGGACAAAAUGGAAUAUUGGGGGCUGUUGUCAACAGAGGCUUAAUUUUAUUAGAAGUAGCCAGUUAUUUAUUAAAGCAUGAUGUUAAUAAAAUAGGCAUAUUCUGGCUGGUGUGUAUAAGUGUUUUGUUCUUUUAUUUUUUAAACAAAUCACAGAAGACAUAAAAUUGAAAAGGCGCUCCAUUUAUGUAUGAGGAAAAAUUGAUUGUAAAUAGCUAAGCUGCCUUGUGAGAACUUGGAAAAUGUGCUGAUACUUAGUAACUACCUCAGUUGUGAGGAAUUUCCUUUUUAGCUUAGACUGCUAUUAUUUUUACUUGGUAGAAAUGAAUCUGGUCUCCAAAAUGUGGCUCAAAGAGUUAUCCCCAUAGACUUUGUUAGAUUGUUUUUUAAUUUAAAACCUUGAACUCUGCCCAGCUGUUUUCUUUCAGUCAAGUUCUCGAAACCAAUAACAUUUUCCGAAUUAAAUAUUCUUGAAGGUUCUUCUGGAGUCUAACUGAUUUGUUUUCUUUCUUUGCAUUUCUUUUCCUGUUACUCUGUUAUUAUUUAAAUUGUCUCUUGCUUUUGAACUUGAAUAUGAAAUAAACAAAUCCUAGACUUUUCCACUCA